AUGGCCGAUGUGUGCAGUAUUGUAGAGAUCUGCUCCAAGCACAAAGUUACCGGCCAAACGUUUACCAAACUUUUCCAGAACAGGAAGCCACUACCAGUGCAGCAGGCUGAGGUGACUCGCCCCAGCGCUGGUACCACCGUGACGCUGUAUAACCUCUUCUAUAAUCUGCCUGUGCGGAGGGGGCGUGUAAACCCUGCCCUUGAAAUGGAGAAGAUUCGGCAGAAAGUGGAAGCAGCUUCUCUCAUGAAACCAACCAUCUCCUUUUCUUUGAAGAAUGACGCUCUUCAUUCUAUGGUUCUGCAGCUGCCAAAAACCCGGGACGUGUGUUCACGCUUCAGCCAAAUCUAUGGGCCCGUAAGAUCCCAGCACCUUCGGGAGGUCCACCAUGCCCAGGAUAGGUUGGAGAUUGUUGGCUUUAUCAGUUCUGAAGGACACUACAACAAAGCAAUGCAGUUCCUGUAUGUCAAUAGUCGACUAGUGUUGAAAACACACUUACACAAACUCCUUAACUCUCUUUUGAGAAAAGAGAGUGUGAUAUGCCGGCCAAAAGCCAGCCAAGCAGGCCGCACAAACUGCAGCCCUGGCUCCCACCGGACUGAGUUGCACAGCAUUUUUGUACUCAACAUCAAGUGCCCGUAUGAUGAGUAUGACAUCUGCUUUGAGCCUAAUAAAACAUUGAUUGAAUUCCAGGACUGGAGCUCUGUGCUUUUGUGUGUAGAGCAGGGGGUAAAGAAUUUUGUGAGGAAAGAGAACCUGUGUACAGAACCUUCUAAAGAAGAUGUCAAUGAAUUUAAUCGGAAACAUCACGUCCGUUUACCAGGCCAUGAAUUGUCACCUGGAGACAAUUCAGAGCCAUCAAAUUCCAGAGGCAUCAGUGAGUCAAUAUUGAUUCACCCUGACCUGACCAGCCUGCAAUCAAAGUCAGUGUGUCGGAGGAAUAUGAUUUCAGAACAUAUGGUGGACAAUUCUGCAACUGACACCAAGGCUGCCAGUGGAGAAACUAUUUCACUGUCCUCUACCUCACAGAUGGACAACAGGGAGAAACUGGACAGUUCGAAUUUGUGUUCUGAUUUUGCAAGCGGCAGGUCAGGAGUGCUGAACCUUGUGGCCAACAGGGAAGAAGACAUGAACCAAUUAUCUGGGCAGCAAAAUAGACUCUGUCAUCAAGGCGUUACAGCUGGCUGCUCCAGAUUAGAAUGCUGUAGGAAUGACCAAGAGCCUGCAACUUCGAACAGCACACUGGCACAUCAUCCAGGUCAAAGCACUCUUUCAGAUAAAAGUCUAAAUGCUGGAUUGGAGGUAGAAGACCAGAGCAGCUGUAAGCCUUCAGCAUUGGGUAUGCACAACUCUGGGGGAGAACCAGGCCAUCCAUCUGCUGUCACCUACAAGCUGCAUUCUCUGGAUUCAACACACAAAAACAGUGCAGUUAUGGAGAAGAAGCUAAAUGAACGUAUUCCUUACUGUACUGAUAGACUUUCAAAAUUUGCACAAAGCGUUCUGGAAACAAAGCAUCCUACUGGUAGGAUACCUCCAGUGCUCUCAAAAAUUAAAAAACCACUGAAGCUGCAUGUGCCCAUGGGACAAGGAUCUCUGGAUAAAUUCAGAAGAGCUUAUGGAAAGAAAGGGACCGCAGCCUGUGGUGGCCUCCUCCAUGUUGGAGCAGAAUCAGCCAGGGUGGAAGCCUCGUGUCCUUCAGUUGAUCGCAUACAGCCAGCUGUGCAAGAGACUGUGAUGUGCAAAGAGAGUGAGAAGAUGGCUGUGACUAGUUGUGUGACUGUCAGUCCCUUGACUCUAUCCAACUAUGCAAGUUCAGGGGAAAAGGAGCCAGGAACCACCAAACCUCACAGCUCCCUAUCAAAUAAGCUGUGCCAGCUGAAAAAGGACAUGGACCUGGCUUCUCGCCCUCUUGAGAUACAAUCUGGAGAAUUACAGCUGAAAAAUGACACUGACCACUCAAUGGCUGAACUGCCCCAAAGCACAGCACCCUCCCGUGACUUUCAGAUAUGUGCAAAUAUGAAUAUGGACAUAGGAGGCUUGACCUAUGAGCCAGAAAAAGAUGGACUGGAGCCACAGACAUCCCAGAAAGGAAUCCACCAGGAGGAGAAAGAAACACGCAAUUCUUCCCUGGAGUGGCUGCAACACUAUUCGCAAAGUCUGGGGAGGAAUGUCUUCAUCAACUCCAGCACUGGACUCAGUACUUAUAGCGCCCCACAGGCAGACCGGACCACAGCCUGUACCAAAGAUUUAUCAACUAUGCCUGUCACAGUGGUCUGUGAUAAUGGUGAUGGCUCACUAGAGGCAAUGUAUUCAAAGUGGCAGAAUCCAGUGUUUCCCCGACAUCCUGCUGUGGCUGUGGACAUCGGUAAAGACCGUUCAGAUUCUUUGAUUGUGAAGAUACACAAUAUAUUGUACCCAUAUCGAUUUACUAAGGAGAUGAUUCGCACCAUGGAGGUUGUGCAACAAGUGGACAAAAAGUUCAUUGCAUGCUUGGUUGACACACAGACUGAAAAGAUGGAAAAAUCAGUGGAUUUUGCAGGUGCGAACCUGUUGGUGUUGGUGGAUCAGCAUGCGGCUCAUGAGCGGGUCCGUUUGGAGCAGCUGAUUGCAGACUCCUUUGAGCCAUCAUCAGAAGAUGGUGGAAGGAGACUAAAGGUUUCCAUGGUGAAUCCCCCGCUAGAGGUGGACAUUACUGAAGAAGAGGGCCGCCUCCUCAGGAUACGCGCAGGUGCGCUGCAGAGGGUUGGAUUGUCCCUCUCAUUUCCAGACAGCUGUUCAUCCCGGGUAUUGGUCAGCGAAAUUCCCCAAUGUUUUGUGGACAAGAAGGUCAGUGAAACGCAACGAAGGAGAGCGAUGGUGGCCAGGAAGAUGGUGGAGGAGUUUCUGCAGGAACAGGUGAAGCAAUCUCCAGGAGCUCCACUUGGACCUCUUCCAGGGACAGUUUUAAAGGUGCUGGCAUCACAGGCCUGUCAUGGGGCGGUGAAGUUUAAUGAUCCUUUGACUUUGGAGGAGUGUAGACUCCUGAUGCGUUGUCUGGCACAGUGUUCCCUGCCCUUCCAAUGCGCACAUGGAAGACCAGUCAUGCUUCCCCUCGCAGAUCUGAGGCAUGUGCAGAUGGAGGACCAGGUUACUCUAAAGCCCAACUUGAGUCGUCUACGGCACCACUACAAGGCCUGGAAGCGCUUGGCGGGGUCAUCUUCAUGCAUGGAACAGCCAAUCGGAGCAGAGACUUAUCCAGAUACACAACACUCGCAGGCUGAGGUGGAGACUUAA